AUGUCAGCAAAAGGAGCACCAUGGCAACAUCCUGCCUCAGCAGAACCUUCACAAAUGUACUCACAAUCACCAAACCGACCAAGCAAAUUCACGCUACAGGAAGGUCUUGACAACAACUGGGUUUUCUUCCCCGAGCCUCACUUUGUAAACGUCGACGACGACGAGGAGGAGGACUCAUCAGACGAAGGACAUGGUCAUCACGACAAGUCGGGAAACAGGAGGGACUCAGUCAACUCUAAAAUUUUUGGAAAAACGGGUUUCGUGCGAGUGAUUGAAACGCUCCUUCGCCCUGAUUUAAGGACUUGGACUUGA